AUGACAGAUGAUAGUCUGCGGUACGGUACCUGUAUACUAGAGCUAUCGUUCUUUACUACUUGGCCUGCUGAGCCUUACCGACAAGAUAACUACACAAACUUUCUCGACCCGGAAGGAUUCAAGGGACUGCGAGUCGGUGUUCUUCGAGACCCCUUUUUCCAGAACAUUACUACUCGGGACAGGAUGACUAUCACUGCCUUUAACGAAGCCAUCCGCAAGAUGUCGUCUUUGGGUGCGACUGUCCUGGAAACGCCGUUGCCUAACGCACCUGGGUGGAACUACACUUUUGUGGGGGGAUCGUCACGAGUGAACAAUGGAACUGUUCAGAUCCAGUAUGAUCUCAAGACAGAUAUUGCUCACUAUCUACAAACCCGGAGGGUUAACUCGGGUGCCAACACUCUUGAAGAUGUCAUCAACUUCACCGUCAAGCUGUGGGAUCUUGAGUCUCCAGAGGGCCAAUGCUGUUUUCCUAUCCUAGUUGCAGCAGAUCAACUGGGUGAUCGGUCGACUUCUAGAGAAUACUGGUUGGCCAAGAACACCCAGGCUCGCCUUUAUCAAGAAGGUCCGGCUGUCCUUUUUGAGAAGUACAGGCUCGAUGUGCUCGUGCUGCCGACUGAAUUCUCGUCUUCGCGACUCGGUGCGGUAGGGAGAUUUCCCGUUGGGUCGGUUCCUCUGGGCUAUGACGAUAUUAAUCUGCCAUUCGCAAAUUUCCCUGCUCGCAAGGUGCCACAUCUGCUGGAGUAA